AUGUCUAAUUGGUCUGAGAUACGGAACUUAGCUGAGAAGUUGAGAAGUGUUCAAUCAGCUGGGAGUACGCAUUACUUGUCGGAGCGCAUAUGUGUAGACAUAGUUAGCUAUCUUAUAAACUCUGGGCGUCUUCGAUUGAUUCGAUCGGUUGAUGGUCGGGCAUUUUUGACAGAGAAUGAACUUUUUAAGGAAAUCGUUGAAGAACUAGCGGCCCACAGGGGUCGCGUUUCCUUGUUGGAACUAUCAAAGAGUCUUGAGAUGGAGUGUUCAAUUAUUGAGUUGCAUGUUAGUAAGCUUCUUUCCAACCACUGUGAAUAUCUCGACGAUCAGUGCUUGCUUAUUGCCGGCGAGUUGAUGACCAAAAGCUUUGUUCGACGCAUUACCGAAGAGAUUCGGGAUCGGCUUGAGUUCCGCGGGGUAAUGAGCAUGAUUGAUUUAGUACGUAUUUACAACUUUGCUCCGCAGUUCUUGGCUUCCAUUAUUUCCGACCACAGUGGUGUUCUUUUUGAUGUCAGUCGAGAUGGCGAUAAGCUUUAUACCAAUUUGUACUUGGAUAAACAAGAGUCGAAAAUAUUGGGCUAUCUUUCUGCAGUUAUUACUCCAACGUCUCUUAUUGAUUGUGGUAGUAAAUUAGAUAUACCACCGAAGGUUUUAUCAAGACUUACUGGUACUCUCAUAUCAGUCGGGAAGCUGAAAGGUGCAUUGACGGCAGGGAAAAGCAUCUACACUCCGCUUUGCUAUCGAAAAGCUCAAGAUGCAUUUGUCUCAGAUUUCGUUAAACAAAAUGGCUAUGUCGACUGGGCCAUCGUUCAACGUGUCGGUAUUCCCGAUCCAUCUUCUUACCUUCGUUCCCGCUUCCCCUCCGCCAUUCACACCAAGGGAUUCGCAAUUUGC